GCAUUAUUCGACACGAAUUCACGGAAUGCGUCCCGAUCUAGAGCAAAUGACUCCUCACUGGAGUUUGCCUAUGGACAAAACAGUUUGAUUUCACCCUGAGUAUUCUUUUUCUUUCUGCUUCACCACUUUUUCAAAAAAGCUCUCGCAAGAUUUACAGAAAACUAACAACAGAUAUCCUCACACCCUUUCCAGAAAGUUCUCCAUCCUCAAAUACAAAUUCAGUGUCCAUCAUCUCGACAUCCUCUAGCAAAACCUCGAUAGGUAUAAACCUCGACGCCAUCGAAGUCCACUGCAUACAUUACCCGAAACUCCCAGACCCUACUGAAGUCAUCAUCACCACUCGCUUCAAUCACGAUUUCGAUCCCGACCCACCCAUCUUAGCCCUCUGCAUGCACUCAGCAAACCAGGAUGUGGACAAGACGUCAACCGAACUCGGUAGGUAUAGCAGCAACAAGGGAGCGAGCUUUCAUUCCGAGGGGCGAAAAUGGAAUGAAAGUGGGGAGAUUAGCUGGGCUGUGCUCUCUGGUUGGUGCCCGGCGUGCAACAGAAAGUACGGGGAGGAGAUAAAUAUGGGUUAUUCGCGUAAAUUGUAUAUCACGGCUACGUUGCGUCGACACUGGAUAAUGGCAGGAGAUAGGAACAAAGCACCACGAGGAAGAGCGGAAGCAAUAGAGGUAAUUAGAGAAGCCGGGUUGAGAUUUGACGGCCAAGACUUCGACAAAAGGCAAAUUGACGAGAUUUCCAGUAACAAACUUCUACCCGUAACAAAAUUGGAGAGAGUGCGAGGCAAACAUAUGACGGAGCACAAAGAGACCAUGGUAAGAAAAGAAGACAGACUUGGAGUAUUUAUCUCGGAACCACAAUCGAAAGCCGAUUCCGGCCAAGCUUACGAAUCAGCCUACGAUUUAGGUGAAGAUCUGGAUAACUACCUGGUGUAUACGACUCGGCUAACCACCCAGCUUCAAACUCCCCUUCAACGCCAACCUCCAUGUCCGCAAAUGUAAACCCCUCAACGCCUAUCAAGAAAAAAUCUGUAUCCGAAAGCCUCCAUGGUGGCCAUAAUUCUGACAAAUCCUUGUCCAAGGAAAGACAGUCCAGAGAAGCUCGCAGCAGUCACAGUGGAAAAGCCCACAGUCAACCCAUAAGUGCGCAAAGCGCAUCCGAAAUACCACGCGGCCACAGCAGUGCAAAAUCUCACCGUCGAUCCGAAUCUGACCUCGAAAUUUGCAGAUCGCCUCGAACUAAGCGGAGCGCACGAUCUUACAGUCCAUCCAACUUUUAAACCUUAUUCACACAUAAGACCGAUCCAGGUCCACUACCUAUCAUUUGAAUCAUAAGGUAAGAGGACGGAGGAGCUUUAGUCACUAUCGACUGUGUAUCAUAUUUAUGCCUGGCUUUUCAACAACCAAAAAAUUAAAUUAAAAAAAUUAAAAAAAGAACAAAAAAAAGAACAAAAAAAAGAACAAAAAAAAGAACAAAAAAAAGAACA